AUGUUAUUACAACGUGCAACUAACCUCGCACCUGGUGAUACAUCAGUUUUCGAUUGUGUGUACCAGGGUGUUCAAGGACCUGGUCGGUGGUUAUCACGCCGUAAACGACGCGAGAGUUAUAGCCAAAUAACAAACACAACACCACACAUACCAAACAAACUACGGCGACAGCAUAACACCACACAUACCAACCAAACUACGGCGAGAGCGAUGAGUGAAGUGCGCGCCACACUUGAAAUAACCUCCAGCUUUAACUCCAUAAAAAACUUUCUGGAAGGUAAGUUCAACACCAUAAAGGCCUCCCGGAUGGAGCUCGAGCUCGUCGGGUCUGGUUGA